CCAUAAUGAGGCCCUCAUUAGAGAAACAGUGGUGACAGAGGGAGAGGGUUGUCAUUCUGUGUGGCAUUCUUUUGGUAGAUUUAAGAGAUUUGUAAAUACUGUUAGGUAUAGAAAGUGAAAUACGGUAACAUAACAGACGACAGCGAUUUAGUAGAGAAGAGGAAGUCAGGAAUUUUUAAGGCAGGCUAAGCUUGAAAUGCCAAAUCUAGGAUCAUGGUUUGGUAGGAUAUUGUUGUUUUCGGCUGGCCUGUUCGUGUGUUUGCUCUCUCCAACUUCAUGUAGCAAAGAGGACGUGACUACGAAUCACUGGCUUGUGGAAUUUCGCGACGAUGUGGGACCGGAAGACGCCAUGAUGGUGGCAAAAAGGACUGGAUUCACCUUCGUAGCACCGAUGCUUGGAUCUUCUCGGGAAUUCCAUUUUAUGCACAAUGCUGUGCCAAGUGUUCGUAUGAGGAGAAGUGUGCUUCACACACGGUUACUGAAAUCACAUCCAAUGGUGAGGCGAGCAGUACAACAACUGGGCUAUGUACGAUCCAAACGAGGCUACAAACCUUUAAAGGGAAUACCUGUAUCUGAAAUCAAACUACAGGCCCCGGAUAUAGAACAUUACUUACUCAAUCACGAUCUCACUGCGCAAAACGUCGAACAGUCGGGAAAUUCUGAGCCAACACCCAAUGAUCCUUUGUUUGCGAAAGAAUGGUACCUGAAAAAUACAGGCCAAUCUGGAGGAAUUCUGGGUUUGGACUUGAACGUGGAGAAGGCAUGGGCCAUGGGCUAUACAGGAAAGAAAGUCACCACCGCCAUCAUGGACGACGGUAUUGAUUAUUUACACGAGGAUCUGAGACACAAUUACAACGCCGCAGCCAGUUAUGAUUUCAGCAGUAACGACCCAUACCCGUAUCCACGUUAUACAGACACGUGGUUCAAUAGCCACGGGACACGCUGUGCCGGAGAGGUGUCAGCCGCCCGGGACAACAAGGUCUGUGGAGUGGGCGUGGCUUAUGAUUCCAAAGUGGCGGGGCUACGGAUGCUAGACCAGCCGUUCAUGACGGAUUUGAUCGAGGCAAACGCCAUGGGACACAUGCCCAAUGAUAUCGACAUUUACAGCGCCUCCUGGGGGCCAACGGAUGACGGCAAGACAGUAGAUGGGCCGCGCAAUAUGACGAUGAGAGCGAUUGUGCAUGGCGUCAACGAGGGACGCCGAGGACUCGGAAACAUCUAUGUUUGGGCUUCCGGUGAUGGCGGCGCGGAUGACGACUGUAACUGUGACGGUUAUGCGGCUAGCAUGUGGACUAUUUCCAUCAAUUCUGCCACCAAUGACGGCCAAACUGCCGGAUAUGAUGAAUCGUGUUCCUCUACCCUCGCCUCUACGUUCAGUAACGGGAAAAGUACACUUCGCGACGCUGGUGUGGCUACUACGGAUCUGUACAACAACUGUACCACCACCCACUCCGGAACGUCAGCUGCGGCUCCCGAGGCUGCUGGAGUCUUCGCUCUUGCUUUAGAGGCAAACCGUAACCUGACCUGGAGAGACAUGCAGCACCUGACUGUCCUCACCUCCAAGAGAAACAAGUUAUUCGACCCGUACCAGAAACAUCACUGGAAGUAUAACGGCGCCGGGUUAUUGUUUAACCACUUGUUCGGAUACGGAGUGUUGGACGCCGCAGCCAUGGUGGAUCUUGCCAGCCAGUGGAAACCACUUCCGGAACGCUUUCACUGCACCGGAGGCAGUGUCACCAAGGAAAUGAAGUUCGCCACCAACCAGCCAAUCAAGAUGCAUAUUGACACGGACGCUUGUCACGGGAGUGAUAACGAGAUUAACUACCUAGAGCACGUGCAGGCAUUCGUCACGCUCAAGUCCACAUACAGAGGAAAUGUCGUCAUCUUCAUUACGUCACCAAUGAAUACUACCUCGAUGAUACUCAGCCAGAGACCUAACGAUGAUGACCACAAGAAUGGUUUCACUCGCUGGCCCUUCAUGACUACCCACACCUGGGCCGAAAACCCUCAUGGACGCUGGAAGCUCGAAAUCACACUGGUUCCCGGCAAGAACACCAAUGUGGACACGGGAACGUUCUUUGAGUGGACACUUAUUUUCCACGGAACUCGCAGCGCCCCCUACAAAAACCAGGUUGAGGAUGAGAUGAAUCACGGGAAGUUGUUCAAGGUCAAAAGAAUUCACCAGCAGAAAGCCUGAGGAUCGUGCCACAACAAAGGCACAAAGCUCAUCAAUAAAGUUAAAUUCUAAAAGUAUUAUAAUAAAUUUUCAAAACUUUUCUUUAAAAAAUGUAAAAUAUAAUAAAAAUAUUCUAAAUUAUAAUUUAAUAUAAGCAAUUGAACUUUGAUGAAUAAUGGGGGUUUUCCCCCAUUCGGAAUUAAUGUAAAAGCAUUAUAAUUUUGAAUCAAAUGAUUGAAUAUUAAUAUAUUAAAGAAAAAUAUGGAUGAUAUUUAAAAAAAAAGAAAUAACAAAACUAUUUCUUUUUCAUACACUAAGCACUUAUUGGUUCUCGAAGCAACUAGAAUGGAUAUAUAUAUUUUUAUAUAAAUUGUGUAAAGUAUGCAAUUAUUUUGAAAGUUAUAUUAAAAAGAUUGAAUCGCUUCGAGAACCAAUAUUUGCUUAGUGACGUCAUAAAUGACGUUAUAUGGAUAUGCAUUCCAGAAUGAAAUUUCCUUUGAUUUCAAUCGAUGGAAAAUGAUAGGAAGCGCAUCCUAACGUAACAAAUGUUUACACGUCGACAAGAUUAAGAUUUGUACCGAGACACCGUAUCUAAUAGCGACGAAAUUUAAAUACCGAAAACACGAAUAAAUAAUCUGCCAGUGCAUUUUUGCAGUCUUCCACACCACUUACGUCAGACUUCCUUUGUAGCAUGGGUGGCUAUCUGGACAUACUCAUUAUAGGGCGGGUUCCAUGUCUUCUGUGGUUUGGUACGAGUGUACUACUGUAAACAAGGAGACAAGCAUUAAUCCAUUAGUUGGUACACUUGAGUAGUAUUUUUAUGGCUUUUCGGUACACUACGGUAGUUAUUGUUAUGGCUUUUCGGUACACUACGGUAGUUAUUGUUAUAGCUUUUAGGUACACUACGGUAGUUAUUGUUUAGACUAAUCGGGUACACUGAGGUAGAUAUUGUUUCGAUUAUUCGGUACACUACGGUAGUUAUUUACGGUAGUUAUUGUUUAGACUAUUUGGUACACUACGGUAGUUAUUGUUUAGACUAUUAGGUACACUACGAUAGUUAUUGUUUAGACUAUUCGGUACACUACGGUAGUUAUUGUUUAGACUAUUCGGUACACCACAAACUUUAUUGUUAAGACUUUUCGGAACACCAAGGUGUUUAUUGUUAAAACUAUUCGGUAUAUACGGCAGUUAUUGUUUACGCCAGCUCAUGUAUCCAGGUUGUGGCCCUGUGAUUUCACGUCUGUUAUAGGCACUCGUACUGUCUGAUGCAUGGUGAAUUUCUCCUGUACAAAUUUUCCGUUAUCUAUAAAUAUUUCCCGUACAAAUAGUUUAUAAAUAGGGCUAUAAUUCAUCAUGAUCUUCCAUUCCUGUUAGUAAACUAAACGCUAAUUUAUCAUGAUCGUGUAGCUGUUAUAUCCACGGCUUACAUCGUGUAGCUAACAUAAUCACAUCACCAUGACGUCACGACCAAUGUUCACGUCAAUGAGACAGUAUUUGUGACAGACGACAGGGCCGCAACCAUGCAAACGAUCUGUCCUUGGUGAACGGGGUUCAGCAUGACAAAGGACUUGCAUUUUCAUUUCAGUAGAUUUAGACUGUGGUUUCGAAAUGAAAUUCGCAAAUUUGCAAUAGUACAAUAAUCACUGAGAUUGACGUAAUUAAUUACAAAUCUGAUACAUAAAUAAUUCAGUAAGACAGGCGCCACCUAAGUUAUCCUCACCCCUCACAGAUCGAAGUCAGGGGUUGGCAUGAUUCGGGUGGCUGAAGUACACAGCGUAACGUCAACGACAUGCUUACCUAAGUAAUGCUUAAGUUGCAAGCAGAAGAACAUUUAGUUUAGUGCAAUGUUUAGUAUUAAAAAGAGAAAAAUCCUUACUAAGAUAAGUCCCUUAC